AAUUAGCUCCUGAAGAGAAAGGGAAGGGGAACAUCCUGAUGAUAAAUCAGCUCUAGUUACAAGCAAUAUUGGAUCAGCUUCUCUGGAGCUGCCCUUCAGUGCUUGCUGAUUACACCAGGGACCAUCUCCAAGGGUCAGGCACUCUGUAAACUCUUCACUCCUGCUGGAUUAGGGAGAGUCUCUCUCUAGGGCAUUCCCUUCUACCCACAAAGACAUUAAUGAUUAACAAUGAUAACAGCUCUGCUUACUUAAAAAACUAAAAUACCCAAAGUCAAGUAAAUCACAGUUCCUUGUGAAAGCUUGUUCCUGAUUCACCUAGCCCUUGAAGUUUUCCUCUGCCAGGCAAAACCUUCAUGAGAGGAGAGCAGAGAUGAGAGUCUGUGCUCCUCUUGCUGUUGUCCUGGCCCUGAGCCUGAGCAGUGACUGUGCAAGGAUGCACCACAAAUCUGGGGCAGGAAGAGGCUCAAAUCAUGGGUUCACUCGCCCACAAGUGUUAACAGAGGAUGGGCAUUUAUGCAAAUUUCCUUUCCGGUUUGGUGGAAGGUUUUAUCACACGUGUGUAUCAAAUUCAUUUUCCAGAAAGAAAUGGUGUUCAACAACACAUAACUUUGACCGGGACAGGAGAUGGGGACACUGUGCUCUGCUGCCCAGAGAUCACUCAGAUCACUGUGCAGACAACCCCUGCCAAAAUGGAGGGACCUGUUCUCUCACCCACAGCCACAGGAUGUACCACUGCACCUGUCCUGAGGAAUUCACAGGAGAGGACUGUCAGCUCAAGAAAUGUUUUGACAACAGCCUCUACGAAUUCUUUGAUGUGGGUGUGAGCUGGUCAAGAGUCCAACAAGGACUAGUGGAGCAGUGCCUGUGUGUGAACAGCCAGAUCGAGUGCAGGCCUGUGGAGCACAAAAGUUGUGUUCAUGAUCCUUGCAUGAAUGGUGGAGAGUGCAAGAUGGUUACCUCCACUGGGAAAAUAGUAUGUGAUUGUAAAGAAAAUUUUGCAGGGAAGUAUUGCAAUAUUGUCCCAAGCCAACGGUGCUACAUUGGCAAUGGCACAGAUUACAGAGGCACAGCCAAGACAACCAUUUCUGGACACAGCUGCUUGCCCUGGGAUUCCGACCUGCUGUACCAAGAGCUCCAUGUUGACAGCAUUGGGAAAGCAGUGCAGCUUGGCCUGGGGCCAUUUUCUUACUGCAGAAAUCCAGAUGGUGAUGACAAGCCCUGGUGUUACAUCAUGAAGGACAACAGUUUGUCUUGGGCAUAUUGCAACAUUCCAACUUGUGCAAGCAGGGAAAGGAGGCCACUAGUUCCAGACAAAGUAGAUAAUUCUGCAAGUACCAAAAGACCGUGUGGAAGAAGACAUAAAAAAAGAAGUUUUGUGAGACCUAGGAUUGUUGGGGGAUCUUCAUCUCUGCCUGGAUCUCACCCCUGGACAGCAGCUAUAUAUAUUGGAGACAGUUUCUGUGGUGGAAGCCUGGUUCAGACCUGCUGGGUUGUGUCAGCAGCACAUUGCUUUGCUAACAGUCCACUAAAAUCCACUAUUAGAGUAGUUCUGGGCCAACAAAUAUUUAAUAAAACGACUGAUGUAACACAGACAUUUGAAAUAGAGAAAUACAUCUUGCAUCCUCAGUAUUCUGUGUUCAAUCCUAUUGACCAUGAUAUUGCUUUGAUUAAGCUGAAGAAGAAUGGCCAACGUUGUGCUGUCAAAUCCCAGUUUGUUCAGCCCAUCUGCCUGCCUGAAAGUAACACUGCUUUCUCUGCCCAGGUGAAAUGUCAGAUUUCUGGAUGGGGACACAAGCAUGAGAAUAUAUCUGGUUAUUCAGAUGUCCUGCAAGAAACACUAGCUCCACUUAUUCCAGAGGAGAAGUGCAGAAGUCCUGAAAUUUAUGGAAAAGAACUCACAGAAAAUAUGUUCUGUGCUGGCUACUUCGAUAGCAAAUCUGAUGCUUGUCAGGGAGAUUCUGGUGGACCUCUGGCUUGUGAGGAAGAUGACAUCUCUUACCUCUAUGGAAUUAUCAGCUGGGGAGAUGGCUGUGGCAGAGUCAACAAACCUGGAGUAUACACAAAAGUGACAAACUAUGUAAAGUGGAUUAAUGAGAAAAUAGCCCCCCGAAAAACUAGUUGAACAGUUAAAUAAACUAACAUCUAAAGCAGGGUCCAGGAGUCUGUUGGUUUGAUUAGAGUGGCAUAAAUAUUUUAUUAUAAGCUGGUAUGGAAACUGUCAUGGUAAUUCUUAGCAGUUCCAAGCCAGAGCACCAAAAGCAGGCCUGCUCCAUCUGAUGUCAGCAGCCUUGAUCUAACAUUCUGGGGCUGUGGAUUGCUCAACACACAUGACUGCCUUUAUUUGUCUUAAUAAAAAAUCCCAAACAUAUUGAGACAGCACACAAAAAUCUACAACUCUCUGUCUGCUUAGUGGAUUACAUAAAAACUGAUUUGAUGUGUUUUGCAGUUUCUGGUGGAGCUGUCAUCCCCAAAACCAACCUGCAACAAUAUUGUCCUUGUGUUCUCAGAUGAAAUAAAAAAAAAAAAAAAAAAAAAAACAGGAGAAUCACAUUUAAAUUCCCUCUCCCUGAGAAAUGAUCUCUUGAAGUUCAGGGCAAGAGACACCAAGAGAACAAUGUAGGCAAAGCUGCUCCUCAGCUAACUGCAACAGCAGUUCUGGGGAAAGAAACCAGAGGGUUUAGGUUUUGUUUCAACCAAACAUGUAAGCAUAUUUUUAUAUAAACAAAUUCCUGUGUUCCACUGACGUAAAAUCAGGAACGUGCCCCAGAGCUCUGCUGAAUCUGGUGUGCAAUUUUCCAGCAAGGUUCACACAACACCUCCUGAGAGAUCAAAGUCUUUCACUGAAAAAUGUUGGAAGUUGGAGCAGCUGAUUUAGGCUGAUUCAGCCAGGACCUUUUGCAGACUGUGAUCUGCUCCUUGCCCUGAGGAUAGCAGUGGAAAUACUUCACCUUGAUGAUAAAUCCCUAAACGUUUCUUUAAUUUGACAGUGUUUUGAAGAUGUCUUAGGUUUUGUACUAACAAGUUGUUCAACUAUUUAGAUAAUUCAGAAAGGAGGUUUCUUGUAACAGAUUUUUCAACUGGAUGGCUGUGGUGCAGCUUGACAUUUUCCUUAGGGAUUUGGUGAUAUCAUAAACCACAGGCUUUGCUGUCAUGGUCUAUGGAAUUGUUAUGGGAACAAUCAAAGCAAUUAUUAAAAUAUACAGCUGUUUAGAGGCAGUGGACUCAGCUGUAUUAGCAAAAACCACGUAAAAAUGAUUCAACAGAAAGUCUGACAAAGAAUGGAAAAUUCUUUUUUUCCUGUUACAGGGAUCCUUUAGCCAUGUCAGAUGUGUACAUUUAAGUGUUGAUGUGAAAUGUAUCUCUCCCCUGGAAGUGAACAUUUAUGAACUCUCUUAAGUUUUUCAGGAAAAGUUGUUUUUUAAAGUAAUAGAAUUUUAAAGUGGUGCCUAGAUAUUCAGAUGUGUGUUUUGUUCUACAGUACUUGCAGUGUCCUCAUGCGUUUCUUAGUAGUGGUGAAUGUUAACUGCAGUUAAAAGAGAUUUUUUUAAGGAAAAAUAACCAAAACCAGCAUCUGUGUAAGCACAAACAUACAACAAUGCUAAUCUAGAUAAAUGAUGUAAACUGUUUAAUAAAAACAUUUACCCUCUGUUUCUUGAA